CUAAGUAGCAAACACAUGUAUUGCAGUUUUAAAAAAUAGCAAAUCAUUACACUGUACAGAAUAGAUGAAACUCAUUUUUAGAUAUUUGAGAAUGGGGAAUUUAAAUUUGAAAAAUCCUUUAGAAAGUAUUGUUUAUCAUUCGCUUGCAUCAUACACUGCUCUCAGUGUACUGUCUGUUUUAAUUCUACAACAUGUGGUCACUUUGAUAACAUAUUCUGACACAAUGCAGUCACUAUGGUAUGGCUUGAACCCACACAGAACAGAAUAACUUUAUUUAUUUAAUAUAACACUGGCUAUAAGGAAGAAGCCUCCUAUCUCUUACAAAUACACCUAAACAGUCAUGUGUGUGUGGAUAAUCAGCUGAUAACACUCAACUGCUCAGUAGCUUUUGCCAUUUAUAAUUACGUGUGAGUAACUAAAGUAGUUUCUCCUCAGAAAACAAUCAAAUGAUCCAAUGCAAUUCUAAACUGACCACAUAAUUUAAUCCUGCUCUUACUCUUGUUUUUGUUGACUUGGCAUCCUUGCUGUUUGUGGUCCACAGACCCCCUGCUCUGCUCUAACUUCAAUAUCAAACCCAAUUAACUUUACUUUUUUGUGUGUGUUUCUUUGUUGUUGUUGUUUUUAAAUUAGUUCUUGUUGGAGCUGGUAUGUCCAAACUAAGAUAAAGCUUCAAUCACAGAAAUUCAAACAAACACUUGUGCAAGGCAAAAAGUAUUACUGACACAGAAAAACAGCACAUGGACAUCUAUUGUUUUGUACAACGUUUUACAGCUGGAGUCUCAACAAAUGGAUAUAAUCAUCAUCAUCAUCAUUAUCAUCAUCAUCAGUUUAAAAUCACAACGCAAUGUGGAUCGGAGUAAAUAACAACACACCAACAGUAUCAGACAGGAAAACACAAAUCAGUCUACCGGUUUAUUGAGUUCAGAUUGCUGUUAAUGUCCAUUGUUGUGAGCUGUAACUGUAUGUGCACAUCCGAUGCCAACCGCCUGAGCGAGAAGCGAGCAGCGCAACAGACUAGACGUGAUCAUAGACUGUACUUCCAUGGAGUGAGAGACAAAGAGAGACAGGGAACAAAGAAGUGGGGGGUGGGGCUUCACACACACAAUCCCGCCCACUCCUCCGCACGCAGCCAAUCAGCUGGCCGGUAUGCAAAUGAGCUCGCUGCACCGCAUCGUCCCUGCCCUGCGGUGACGUCACCGGCACAUCUCUCCGUCUGGCUGGAGACUCAGACAGAAGCAACAGAGAAGCUGAGGGAGGCCAGCCGGGGAGGGGCCCUUUGUCAGGAAGGAAUAUUAUUACUGUUUCCACCGCCGGCUCUGGAAUAAACACGCGUUUUGUUUGUCGUCUUUCCGUACAACAGCACAGCCCGGGUCGGCUCGGAUCGGGACAUCCAGGUUCGAUCGGAAAAAACAAAGGGGGCGGAUGCUUUUUUUGUAGCUCCUUGCACUGUUUUUCUUUCCCCCCUUCAGCCGCACUGAUUUAUUUGCACUGACCAGUUGUCUUUAAAAAACGGGUCCGGUGCUUCUCCCCUCCUCCUUCCCUCUCCUCUCUUUCUUCCCCGUUCACUCCUCCUUUGCCCUCCUUUAUUUUGCCUUCUUUCCGAUUCCCGCAACGCAGCGAAGCCGCAAAGAUGCCCAGCUCGCUCUUCGCUGACAGCAGCGUCCAGGGAGAUGCACUGGACGACCAGCGAGCCCUGCAGAUCGCCCUGGACCAGCUGUCUCUGCUCGGCUUGGACAACGACGAGAACCCUCUGUACGACAACAACCAGGAGCCCCGCAAAAAGAGCGUCAACAUGACCGAAUGCGUCCCGGUCCCCAGCUCCGAGCAUGUGGCUGAGAUUGUGGGCAGACAAGGUUGCAAGAUCAAAGCAUUGCGAGCAAAGACCAACACCUACAUCAAGACUCCAGUUCGGGGCGAGGAGCCUGUUUUUGUGGUAACAGGCAGGAGGGAGGAUGUAGCUAUGGCCAGGAGGGAGAUCAUUUCUGCUGCUGAGCACUUCUCCAUGAUCCGAGCCUCCAGGAACAAAAACACCAGCCUGAAUGGGAGUGGCACCCCUGUUCCUGGACCACCUAACCUGCCUGGACAGACCACCAUCCAAGUUCGGGUGCCUUACCGUGUGGUGGGGCUGGUUGUAGGCCCCAAGGGCGCCACCAUCAAACGCAUCCAGCAGCAGACCCACACCUACAUAGUGACACCAAGCCGGGACAAGGAGCCAGUGUUUGAGGUGACUGGGAUGCCGGAGAAUGUGGACCGAGCACGUGAAGAGAUCGAAGCCCACAUCGCCAUGAGAACAGGAGGCCUUAUUGAGCUCCAGGACGAAAAUGACUUUCACGCAAAUGGGACUGAUGUGGGGUUUGAUCUGCAUGGGCAUGCCACCCUGUGGUCCAAGCCCAAUGCAGGAAUGACACCCACCUCGGUGCGCAAACCCUUCUCCAACUACCGCAACGACUCGUCCUCCUCCCUGGGCAGCGCCUCCACAGACUCUUACUUUGGUAACAACAGUUCACGCAUGGCUGACUACAGCCCCCCCAGCCCUGCACUCAGUUAUACCACCACUAACAACAAUGGCAACAACAAUAACAACAAUAUCAACGUCAACACCAAUGGCAACGGGUUUGUUUACGGAAAUGAGGUCAUCUCACCUGACUGCACUGAUCUGACUUUUGACUCCUCAUCAGGGUUUGACCCUACACCAGCCCCACCAGGCCUGCUUUGGUCACCGUAUGAAAGUCGUAUGACACCCUCCUCCACCGGAGGCAGCUCCCCCACCUCCACCUCAGCCAUAUUCCCAAUCAGUACGUCCACUAAUGCCAAUGGGAUAGUAGUGAGCCAGAGAAGAGUGAAUGGUUGUACCCCACAGCCUAGGCUGUCGCCUCCGCUUCACAGCCACAGCGGAGCGCCCAUUGAGCACCCGUUAGCCCGGAGGGUGCGCAGUGAUCCCGGAGGAGGCCCUCUCAGUUUCCCUGGGUACUCGGGCUCUAUUGCGUCCUUGCCAGGCCCUCACCUCCCUGGGGUUCCGUGCGACUCCUCAGCCUCGUCCACCUCCUCCUCUUCCUCCUCCUCCACCUCAUCUGGCACAAGCCGAAAAGGCAGCCGUGAUUGUUCAGUGUGUUUUGAGAGUGAGGUCAUCGCCGCCCUGGUCCCCUGUGGGCACAACCUCUUCUGUAUGGAAUGUGCCAAUCGUAUCUGUGAGAGGAGUGAGCCCAAAUGUCCUGUCUGCCACACCGGCGUCACUCAGGCUAUACGUAUAUUUUCAUAAGAAGUGUAACUCUUUGACUGUCUCAUCAGCGAGGCUGGCUACAAUAGCAACAACAGACUCUUCAUACUGCUUUAAUGAGAUCAUCCAAUCAUCAGUUCGGAAAGUGUACAUAGAUAUACAUAUGUAUGUAUGAGGCUGCAGUAUCCCGAAGGGACAGACACCUUUUUAGGCUCCGUCAUAGUUGUUAAUAAUAUACUGUAGCUUGGGGAAAUAUUUUUAACAUCUAAGUGCAUGUUUUAAAUAUUACAGUAUAGUAAUCAAUAGUUCUAGUUAUUUGUACCCUAUAUUUAUGAGGUGAAGAGACACAGUGGGAUCAGGACGGAGGUACGUGGGUCAAACUGUAGACUGUUAGCAGGAUGAGCCUUCCAGGUUUUCUGAUCGAAUGUAGUAAAAAUGGAGGCCAUGGCUGGGAAACAUGGAGGGCUUUCAGCCAAACAGGACUAUUGACUUACAAAGAUACUGCAGCUUGAGUUCAGAAAUUACAUGAGGGAGAGAAACAACAUAUCCUACAUAUAUAUGUAUAGAAUCAAUUUCCACAAGUUGAAAGUUUUAAAUGACAUUAAUACAGAUUGAAGUAUUUUAUUCUUUUUUGACUUGAAAGAUUAUAUUUCUUAUUGCAAAGAUGUUUACAGAUAUUUUAAUUUAAGUUCAGUGAACUUUUUGUAGCUGGGUUGAAAUAUUGUUUAUUUUUUAGUAUGGCCUUAUGGCAUUGAUCACUGUAUUAUUUUAAUAUCACACGACUGUGGGAGGAAAUCCAAGUCCACAAAAUGUGUAUUGUAUUUGACAGUAUUCUGUUGGGAUGGAGUUUUUAUAGGUUCAGCAAAAAAAUGUCUUUUAAAUCUGCUUCACCCAGCGUAUUUUUUAUUCAGUAAUAUAAAGCAUAUUUUAUUCUAUAUUAUUAUGAAACAUUGAAAUGUACAAAACUUAGUAAGUUGAACACAAAGAAAUCGUUUAUGCUUUCUAAAAUUUGUAUGAAUUAGAUUCCAGUGGGAAUUACAGGCUUCUGUUGCACCACUAUAGUUUUAGUAUUUCUAUUUUAAUACAUUUGUUUACCACUUGUUUAUGUAUAUGUAGGUGAAGUUACUUGAGCGUAAAUGUACUUUAUUGAGCAAAGUUUAAGAACAAAGUAUAUUUUAUUUUAUGAUAAAGGGCCUUUAACCUCAUGGUCAAAUACUAAUAUUAUAUUUGCUGAGACAAGAUUUGAAAAUGUAUCAAGAGUUUUAUUUUUCUGACAUUUAAAAUUAUACAUGAUAAAAAGUAAAACUUAAGUAAUGGUGCUACUUCAUGUUUUUUUAAGUAUUUCUAUAUAAGUCCAAUAAAAAUGGUACAUUCAUGAGGUAUUUGCUUCUUGUGUUCUUCCUGCCCUCUUGGCUUUUGUUCUACUGGUGUUUAGAGCAGAGGUGAGCAGCAGUGCUGUUCAGGAUUGUUUAAUAGCUUUAUGAACGCUUGAAGUCUCUCUGGUUGCUAAUGGAAGCUUGUAGGUGGCAAGAUUAUCACCGUGGCCUAAUUAUUGAAGGUAUUCCUUGAUAGGAGGACAUGGCUCGCCUCAUCACUAAUUACACUAAUACAAAGACCAUAAUCUGUCUUUUCUAGUAAUUGAUGGACUAAUGAAACAGUUCAACGAGAUACUGAGAAUUUUGGAAAAUGUGAUGUUUGAUUGCCAAUGAUGUUUGAUCGAUGUUGUUAAUUGUUGAGUUAUAACAGCAGCUGGUUAUCAAAUCUCACAUUUUUAAUAAUACAUCGUCUCAUCAGUUACUCAUCAGGACACUCAUUUAAAGCUGCAGUAAUUAAUCAUCCAAUUGACAUUGAUUUACCUGAAAAUCAAUCACAAGCAAUUUUGAUAAAGAGGUUGGUGAUUUAUAACAAUAUCACAGAAGAAAAGGGGGGGAUCAGUUGAAUGUAAUGAUUUGCUGCUGAAUGUCUUUGGGUUUUAAAAUGUUGGUUCAAACAAAAUUAGACACAUUGAAAUAUCACCUUCAGCUCUGGAAACUAACGAUGAACAUUUUCAUUAACUUCAAAAAGUGAUGUACCAAAUGAUUACAUAAUAAAGAGAGAAAAUAAG